AUGCGCCUUGCUUCACGUGAUGCGCAGCCUCAUACUCAGUGCGAGUUUCACAGGCCUCAUACGCUGAGUGUGCCCUGCGCGAGCCUGGAGCCUGACAGGCCCAGGGCCUGUGGGGACCGGAAAUGCCUGACUGCCAUCUUGCCUGCUGUGAGUUCUACAAUGGGCCUGGGACUCCUGAGCGCUGUGCUGCUGUAUAUGGGGAGCUCUCUGUGGUACUACGAGGACCUCUCACUCUCCGAGAUGAGUAGGCUCAGUCCCUCGCGGGCACAGGCCGCUGGUCUGGUGGGCGCUGAGGCUGCUCACAGGAAGGCAGUGCAGCAGAAAGAGGGUUGUGGAACAGGACCACUGGUGGAUGUGUUAAAGGGCUCUCGGAUUAUAGGAGGCACAGAAGCUCAAGUUGGUGCGUGGCCAUGGAUAGUGAGCCUUCAAAUUCAGUCUGGCAGGAUUCUUGCUCAUAUAUGUGGAGGAAGCUUAGUGAAAGAGAGGUGGGUCCUCACAGCUGCCCACUGUAUUAAAGACUCUAGAAAUCCUGUAAUGUGGAGAGCUGUGAUUGGAACUAAUAAUAUUCAUGUGAACCACUCAGACACUAGGAAGAUAAAAAUUAACUCAAUCAUAAUCCAUCCAGGCUUCAAUCUGGAAUCUUAUGUAAAUGAUAUUGCGCUUUUUCAUUUAAAAAAAGCAGUAAAGUAUAAUGACUAUAUUCAGCCUAUUUGUCUACCCUUUGAUGUUUUCCAAAACCUGAACAAAAGCACAAAAUGUUUCAUAAGUGGCUGGGGAAGAACACAGGAAGAAGGUAAUGGUACAAAUAUCUUACAGGAAGCAGAAGUGCAUUAUAUUUCUCGAAGCAUUUGUAAUUCUGAGACAAGUUAUGGGGGAAUAAUUCCUAACACUUCGUUUUGUGCAGGUGAUGAAGAUGGAGUUUUUGAUUCUUGCAGGGGUGAUAGUGGUGGACCGUUAAUGUGCUACUUACCAGAACAUGAACGAUUUUUUGUAAUGGGAAUUACCAGUUACGGACAUGGCUGUGGUCGAAAAGGUUUUCCUGGUGUCUAUAGUGGGCUCUCCUUCCACCAAAAGUGGCUGACAGAGCACAUCUAUCAGAGAAGUGCUAAAAGCAUAUUUAAUUUAACUAUUUUAUAUGGACAAGUCCUCAUUGCCUUAUGUUCUGUUGUCUUACUAGCAAGUACAUGA